GAAUUUUGGGGGAAAAAAUUGGAAGAACCGUUUGAUCUCUCUCGUUUCUGAGUCAACACGGUACAGCCAUUGGAAUCGUGUCUUACACCAAUCAUUGUUCUUCGUUCUCAUUCCCGGAAAAACCCUAGCACCCCCCGUUUCUUCCCCUGAUUUCAGAGAUAAGCUUCUAGAUAAACAAGGUCAACCCAUGAAAUUCUAAAUCGAUUCCUUCAUUCCCUAUUCUCGGGAUCGAUCUAGUCGUGUUUUUUUGGCUUCCUUCGUUAGAGCUAAGAACCCAAAAGGAAUGUCGUCGGAGAUUGAGGUGGUGGAAGAAGAGGUCCAAUCGAAUUCAGAGGAAAAUGGGCAAUCGAAUUCGAAAGGGGUUGAAGAAGAAAGCUUGAGGAACGAUGUGUAUACUGCGGCUGCGUAUGGAGAUUUGGAGAAGCUUCAUAGAUUGGUGGAGUGUGAAGGUUGCUCUGUUUCCGAGCCCGAUGGCCUUGGUUACUACGCUCUUCAGUGGGCUGCCUUGAACAACCGCACCGCCGUUGCCCAGUACAUUAUCGAGCAUGGUGGAGAUGUAAAUGCCACAGAUCACACGGGACAGACAGCCUUGCACUGGAGUGCUGUUCGUGGUGCCAUACAAGUUGCAGAACUUCUACUGCAAGAGGGUGCUCGGGUUGAUGCGGUGGAUAUGUAUGGCUAUCAGACAACACAUGUUGCUGCACAAUAUGGCCAGACUGCUUUUCUUUGUCACAUUGUGUCAAAGUGGAAUGCCGAUCCUGAUGUUCCUGAUAAUGAUGGAAGAAGCCCCUUGCACUGGGCCGCAUAUAAAGGUUUCGCUGAUUGUAUUCGCCUUCUUUUGUUUAUGGAUGCAUAUAGAGGACGACAGGACAAAGAAGGUUGCACUCCUCUCCACUGGGCUGCUAUACGGGGAAAUUUGGAGGCGUGCACGGUUUUAGUGCAGGCUGGGAAGAAAGAUGAUUUGAUUAUUACUGAUAAUACUGGGCUUACCCCUGCACAACUUGCUGCUGAAAAGAAUCACAGACAAGUUGCUUUUUUCCUUGGAAAUGCUAGAAGGCUGCUUGAAAAACGGUGUGACGGAAGCAGCACCCUUGGAAGAUUAUCAAAGCUGGGGCUUGCUCCAAUACUUUGGUUCAUGAUCGUGCUGCUUCUUCUCAUCUAUACCAAUUCUGUAGUUUUGGCAUCCAAUCUGCCAAAGCUAACAAGUGGGUUCGGUGCCCUCGCAUGGCUGGGUUUCUUUUUGGCAACUGCAGGAUUAUUUUUGUUUUAUCGGUGUAGCAGAAAGGAUCCUGGUUACAUCAGAAUGAAUAUUCAUGAUCCACAGAACAUGAAAGACGAUGAACCAUUACUGAAAAUAGAGCUGAACAAUCCUGCUUUACUUGCUGGGAAUUGGACACAGCUCUGUGCAACAUGCAAGAUCAUAAGACCUCUUCGAGCUAAGCACUGUUCAACAUGUGAUCGUUGUGUAGAGCAAUUUGAUCAUCAUUGUCCUUGGGUAUCAAAUUGUAUUGGCAAAAAAAAUAAGUGGGACUUUUUUCUUUUCCUUUUCCUGGAAGUUCUAGCAAUGCUAAUAACAGGCGGUGUCACUCUUACAAGAAUAUUGACUGAUCCUUCAGCUCCGUCUGCAUUUGGAGCAUGGUUGGGCCAUGUUGCUACUAAUCAUGUCGGUGCCAUGUCCUUUCUGAUAGUGGAAUGCUGCCUCUUCUUCUCUGUCGCCAUUUUAACUGUCAUACAAGCUUCACAGAUAUCGAGGAACAUAACCACCAACGAAAUGGCCAACGCAAUGCGCUACAGCUACUUAAGAGGCCCGGGUGGUCGAUUCAGAAACCCUUACGACCACGGUUGCAGAAGAAACUGCUCAGAUUUCCUUAUAAAGGGAUAUAAUGAAGACAUUGAGUGUCGAGAAGAAACCUCGUCACCAAGAGAAGAAGGUAUUGGUAUGAUCCAAAUGCAGCAUAAUCCAAACUUUCAAGACGGAACUAGCGUUAAUUCCGGCAACGCCAAUGGAAGUUCCCAUGUCGCUAUCGAUGUUGGCAACACCAAUCAUCAUCAUCAUAAUCAGCAUCAUGUUCAUUCUUCAAGCUGCAGCCAUGGUAGUAAACAUGUCAGGUCAAAGAGUGACAGUGUACCGUUGGGUUUAGGUCUCGGUCUCGGUCGCAGCUCUUCCCGACCCGUUAUGCCUCCAUGAUAUAACGGUAACGAUAUUGCCUCGUCCUCAUUUCUCGAAAUCGCGCAAUCUGUGUUGCACGGAACACGUAAUUGCUCGGUAGUUGGUUGGUUCGCUCUCGGUAUUUGGUAUCGGUUUUCUUCUCUGAUUCUGUUCGUCUUUUCGGGUUCUGGGUGGUGAUGAUGCUGCAGCAUGCUCUUAUAUCUUCAAAGAGGUCAGGAAAAAGAGGCAUAUUAUUCUUUUGGCGGUUGCACAUAGAUGCCAUUGUUUGAGCUUUGUAAAACAGAUCAGGCAAAAGUUUUAAGCUUUUGCUGUUUUGGUCACAAGUUCUUUAUCUUGUUUUGAGGUUUCACUUGUAUUUUAUUGUAAGCCAUUAACGGAUGAAUCCUAGAUUGAUAAGUUCAGGGGUUAACAUAUAGUAUUUUACAUCAAUUGUAUGGAGAAAUUAUUACUUUUA